AUGACACAUCGAGGGCCGACGUUGCUCCUCUUCUUCAUCCUUCUGCAUGGCCUCGCCUUGGAGCUCCCCGCCAUUGAGGCGGGGGCCUCCUCCAAGCCGAUCGAGUGCAUCCCCUACAUAACCCACCGCGUGUGCGUGACGGGCAACGUGACGCAACAGCAGGUGGCCGAGAGCCUACGUCCUGCCCUCGACCAGGCGAAGAUGUUCCAGUCACAGACCUGUCAGCAUGCCUGGACGGCCUUCCUCUGCGGCACGGCCUUCAAGAAGUGCUCCUACGCCGAUGAGGCGAAGACGAUCACGCUGGAGCACCCGCUGUGCUACCCGUUCUGCACGGAGGUGCUGUCCGACUGCCGGGGCGAGUUCCAGCUCGACGAUAUGGAGGACCAGCUGCCCGAUUGCAACGCCACGCUGCCGGGCACGGCCGGGGAGACGAUGGUGUACCCGCCCGCGUCCCAGCCCUACCACUACACCCUCCCCGACAACACCACCACCGCCUACAAGUGCUUCGUUCCCGGCGACAAAGAUGACGACGUGGAUCCGCACGUCAAGUGUCCGCCGCACUACCAGGCCCUGAGCGAGGAGUUCGACGACUCGAAGUACAUCACGCCGUGCCAGCGCGAGUGUCCGCUGGGCACCUACUCCGACCCGGAGUACAUGGCCCUGUCGAUCACGCAGAUCGUGGAGGGCUACUUCGGGGCGGUGAUGCUCGUCGUGGUGCUCAUCCCGUUCUUCAUCAACUUCUCCGAGACCAACAUGUUCCCGCACGUCGUCCCGCUCUACAUCUACAUCUCGUCCGGCCUGAUGGCCCUCGGCUUCAUCUGGCCCUCGUUCCUCGGCGGCUUCGACGAGGUCACCUGCGAGAAGGACUUCAUCGUCGCCGAUGUCACCUACUUCCCCUGCGCCGUGCAAGGCAUACUGCUGUACUGGGGCACGGCGUCGUUGGUCACGUGGUGGUUCAAUGUCUGCCUCCACCUCCUCAUUGGUUCGUUUUCGGGGCUCGGGUAUCACAGCAAGAAGCUCCGCAUCUUCUACUACUUUGUCGGAUGGUUCUUGCCCACGGUGGGGCUGUUCAUCGCGUGGGUCUCCACCCAGAUUGGCGCGAGUCCGACGUCGGUGAACUGCUUUCUCGACUGGGACGCGGCGGAGGGCUGGUGGGCCAACGGCCUCUUCUACGUCGAGUUCACGAUCAUCGUGUGCGUGAGUUUCGUAACCCUCAACCUGGCCAUCAUUCGGCUGCUGACCAUUCACGGCUUCGCCGGCUUCCACAAGCAGGGCAGGUUGAUCGUGUUCGGGUAUUCGUUCCUGUGCAUCUUCCUGUUCAUGAUGAUCUACUGGUGGGUCAUCCAGACGCGGCGCGGCCACUACGAACACGCCACCGACCACUGGUUCGGGUGCCUGGCGGAGAGGUUCAAAGCGGCGGAGAAGGCGGGCCACCCGAACUCGGGCAAGCUGUUCGACCCCAAGCAGGACUACGGCUGCGAACUCGCCGACCGCAACCCCUUCGGGAUGAUGUACACGCAAACGCUCAUCUUUUCGGCGAUCCCGUUCCUGGUGGCGAUGAUCUUCGGCCACUCGUGGUUCACGUGGAACAUGUGGGGCACCAUCGUGUGCUCGCUGCUCUGCGUCGCCAUCCAGUCCCUCGCCAACCCGUCCUCGCUCUUUGCCGGCGGCUCCUCCUCGUCGGGCUCGCCGUCGCCCACGCGACGACGGGGCGGUCGGCGCCACCAGCGAUCAUCGUGGACCCAUCGCGCCGCGGACCAGGAGCUCGAAGACGUCGAGUCCAAGGUCAAGUUCGUGCCGCUGGGCAGCGACGACGAAGCAGACGACUGGGCCGGCAACCAGGACGAGGAGGCGGUGGUGGGCGAGGAGGACUUUGGCGGCCGCAAAGGCCGCAAGCGGAGCUCGGCCAACGGCGGCGGCGGCGGCGCGAGCGAUUUCGAGGAUACUGACGCCGAGGGCGAUGACACCGACGAUAACGGCGGCAACGGAAGCGAUGGCACCGACUACACCGAGGACGAUGACGGCAGCGACAAGGACGUGUGA